AUGAAGAACGAAAUACAGAACGUCGAAUCGCAUAAAAAAGAAGUAGAUUUAAAACACUUAGACGAGCAUUACGAAAGUUACAUAAACGAGGUUCUUCCUGAUAAUUUUCACCGCGGCGAUGUUGUAUCGUCUAACCGUAUGCUUGGUUAUUGUGAUGCUGUCAUGGCAACAUGCGCAACUUUUCUCGCUCUACCAAUUAAAAGUUUGAAAGAAAUAGAGAAAAAUGAAACACUUUCAGAAUUCGUUUUCAAAAUCCGUGCGGAGAUUGUAAUGUUCUUUUUGGGAUUUAUAAUCGUACUAACUAUUUGGGAAAACAUGAACAUUAGAGCAACAGUUAUCAAGCGUGUCGAUGAUUUUAUAAUCGUUAUAAUCAUUUUGGAGUUGUUGGCUACCACGGUGCUACCGUUUUCUUUGGCUAUUCAGGGUCAUUUUCCUUAUGAGAAAGUUUCGAUUAUUGUCACAUUCAGUGUUUUGGGUUUUAUUCAACUUUUGAAUGUAAUAAUGAUCCUUUAUGCAAUGGCAACACCGCAUAUCCUUCAUAUUGAACUUCAAUCAUGGUCCAAAGCUGAUUUAGCUCGGUUUCGAAAUGUUUUUAUUGCAAAACCUGUCUUAAGUAUAAUAUUGCUGGCUAUUGGUGGAGUCCUUUGUUUAGUUCAUUACGUAAUAUCUUGGGUGUUUAUCGCAAUCCUCACAAUAAUGCCGACUCUAAUCAAGCUUGUAUUCUAUAUCUUACGGCGACAUGAUUUGUUAACAAAAAGAAAAAUCCAUCCUUUUUAUACAUACUUUUUUAAAGGAAAUAUUUCAAAAGAACGUGUUGAGGUUAUGAGUGACGCUGCUAUCGCAAUUAUUGCGUGCCUACUUAUAUUGGACAUAACUACUGAAGAGUUUCCUAUAAAAAACAACGUUCGUGAGCACGGCCUGAACUACGAGUUAAACCACAUGAAGUCUGAAUUUUUCAAAUUUCUUACCACUUUUGCUAUGGUAUCAACAUUGUGGUACAUCAAUCAUACUGUUUUACAUUUGUUUUCUUUAGUAUCAACUGUUAUGUUAUACCUUCAAAAAACGUUUCUUGCCUUUACGUGUCUCUCUCCGUUAGGUGCAAAUAUGGCUUUGAAGUUUGCAACAAAGGAAAAUGUAAAUUCAAAAGUUGGUAUAAGAUUUGCAUCAUUGAUAAUAUUUUGGUCAAGUAUCGCAAACAUUUUUAUCUUGCUUUACGGUUUAAUGAUGAAAAAAAAAUAUUUGCAUCAAUGGGCAAAACUUAAUUCUUUUAAAGAAAACCAACGUCAACAUGCUUAUAUUUUAUUCAAAACAUUAAAUGUACCAUUUUGGUCUUUGUUAUGUACACUUGGUACUCUAGGUUCUCCUAAAGUAGCUCUUUAUUUUUUGUAUAUUUGUUUUAUCGGCACCCUUGCAUCAUUUUUUAUUGGCAAACUGGUUUUUACAAAUCUUGUCGGAAAACAAACAUUUUCUAAAGACUUUAAACAUACGGGUAAUGUUAAUCACAACGAUAACCUUUAG